AUGGUGAAGAGAAAGGCGGAUAAUCAGACAAAGUCUGACGGCAAGAAGUCGGCCAAGAAUCUGAAGAGAACGAAGAACACUCUCUCCCCCGAAGACACCAAGGCCCGUUUCCGCAACGGACUAUUCGACCAGUCCGUCCUGAACGAGUACACGCAGGAGUAUGCUUCCUCGACCCCUUACAAGCACACCGUUAUCAACGAGCUAGUCGACGAUUCCCUCCUCCGCAAGGUCCGCGAUGAGAUCAAGGACAAUGUCUCUUUCACCCCCAAGGAGACCGACAUCUACAAGAUCCACCAGAGCGGCGAUCUCGCCAACCUCGACGGCCUCGACGACGAUGCUCUGUCCAAGCUGCCCUCUCUUCUCGCCCUUCGCGACGCCCUUUACUCGGAGACCUUCCGCAACUAUGUCUCCCACAUCACCGACUGCGGUCCCUUGAGCGGACGCAAGACCGAUAUGGCCAUCAAUGUCUAUACCCCUGGUUGCUACCUGCUGUGCCACGACGACGUGAUUGGUUCCCGCAAGGUCAGCUACAUUCUCUACUUGACGGAUCCUGAUAUUCCUUGGAAGCCCGAGUGGGGUGGUGCCUUGCGCCUCUUCCCCGUCGAGGACCGUGAGGGCAAGGACGGUGAGAUUGCCAAGACUCCGCUCCCGGACCCGGUCAAGGUUAUCCCGCCGGCCUGGAACCAACUGUCCUUCUUCGCUGUCCAGCCUGGAGAGUCUUUCCACGACGUCGAGGAGGUAUAUCAUGCUUCCAAGGAGGAGCUGGAGAAGCAGGGCGGCCGCAUCCGUAUGGCUAUCAGCGGAUGGUUCCACAUCCCUCAGAUCGGCGAGGAGGGCUACGUUGAGGGCGCCGAGGAAAAGGCUGCCCACAAGAGUGGCUUGAUGCAACUGCAGGGCAACCCAGACCAGUAUGACCGCCCGGUAGCGAAGCCCGUGCAGGCGGAGAAGGAGGAGAGCAAGGGGGAGGAUGAAGAGAACACCUUCGACGAAGGCGACUUGGAGUUCCUCCUGAAGUACCUCGCCCCUACCUACUUGACACCCGAUACGAUCGAGAACAUUGCGGACCAAUUCGAGGAGCAGUUCAGCAUCACUCUUUCCGAUAUUCUGCACCCCAAGUUCGCUGCCAAGAUCAAGGAGUAUGUCGAGGCUCAGGAGGCCAAGAAGCUUCCCGAGGUCAGCGAGGAGAUUGAGAAGGCUGGUGCGUGGAAGGUAGCUCGCCCGCCCCACAAGCACCGCUUCCUGUAUCUGCAGCCGGGCGAGGAAAACGCCGAGGACUCACCCAUCAAGGAGUUGUUGGAAGUCCUGUUGCCAUCACGACAGUUCCGUCUGUGGUUGCAGAUGGCAACAAGGUCGACCAUUGAAGGUCAUGACCUGCUUGCCAGGCGGUUCCGCCAUGGCAAGGAUUAUACUCUUGCUACCGGUCAUGAUGGCAAGGCCCGUCUGGAGCUCAACAUCGGUUUGACGCCUACGGAGGGAUGGGGUGAUGUGGAGGAGGAUGACGAGGACGAAGAGGACGAGGAAGAGUCAGAAGAAGAGGAGCCCAAGGGCAAGGGCAAGGGCAAGGCCACCUCCAACGGUAAAUUGAAGGACAAGGGCAAGGCCAAGGCUGUUGAAAAGGAGGUAGAGGCUGAGGAGGAGGCUGUGGAAGUUGGCGGCCACGAAGUCUACAUGGCCGGCGAUGAUGACGAGGAUGAGGAUGCGGCUAUCUACAAGAGCAGCGAGGAUGAUGACAACAUUCUCUUCUUCCAGGCGGCUGCUUGGAACAAGAUGACCCUGGUGCUCCGCGACAGCGGGACACUGCGCUUCGUCAAGUACGUUAGCCGCGCUGCCAAGGGUGACCGAUGGGACGUUAGCGGCAGCUACGAGAUCGAGGAACAAGAUGAGGAUCCCGAUGCUGAGGAGUUGGCUGAAGGAGAUGAGGAUGGUGAGGACGGUGAGGAAGGCCCAGAAGACGAGGAGUUCGAUGGCUUCUCGGAUUGA